CAUGCAGAUAAUGCCGAUAGCCUGAAAUUCUGCGGUCCCUUGAACCUGUUCAACUCCCACAAAAGGGCCCGGUCGUUCGUCGCAAUGGGUCCUCAAAUGAAGAUGUUGGCGGGUCCCCAAAUGGCCUUUCUCCGGCCUACCUGUCUAUCGUCACCCUUUGCAGGUUUCCAACUAUCACGAUGCUUCUCAACAUCCUCACCGGCCCUUGAUUGGCUCACUCCGAAGUUCAUGGAAAGAUCGAAGUCUCCGAAAGGUCGACCACAUGUCCCUACCGGCGGUUCGUCUCGUGGUACAACUGUCGUCUGGGGUGACUACGGAUUGCGAAUGAAGGAUCAUGAUCGCCGGCUACCUGCUGCAUCCCUCAAGCUUGCGGAGGAAACUAUCAAGCGACGGCUUAGAGGUAUGAAUUAUACCCUGUACAAACGCGUCAGCGCCAACAUUGGUGUAUACACCAAGGGCAACGAGCAACGUAUGGGUAAGGGUAAGGGAAAGUUCGACUACUGGACUGCAAGAGUUGCCGUCAGCAGAAUCGUCUUCGAGCUUAAGGGUGAUCUACACGAAAAGAUUGCGAGGGAAGCUUUCCGACUGGCAGGCCACAAGUUACCCGGCCUCUGGGAAUUUGUGAAGAAGGGUGACCCGCCUGUUGUCGGUAUCACAAAACUCGGCAACGGUGUCACUCUUGAAAGCCUCAAAAAACCACGGAGGAGUCCGGCCCUAGGUACAGACAAUAUGGCCACACCUCCCAACUCCACAUCAUCCAGCUCAUCCGCUUCUUCCGCUUCUCCUUAAACCCCGCCUCUGCCACGCUAUGUCAUUCACGCCUUCUUAGCGUCGCUUAAGCGCCGACGCCGGAACCAGGUCCAUACCCCUGCUGCCUCCUCGUCUUCGCCGCUGCUUCAUUCUCCUUCGAGUCUUGUGUAUACUAUAGUCAGCCUCGGAUUCUCUGUGAUAUUUGUACGCUCACUGUUUCAUGUCUUCAUCCACGGAGUUAAAUAGAAGGGAAAUCCAAGAGUAUCAUACCUUUAUCCGUUUCCCCGGAUAUGUUAGAUGUGAAUUCGCCCUCAAGCCUCUGCGCCUCCUCUUCGUCCUCAU